AUGUAUGUGAAAUGGUUUGGUACAGUAAUGUUUUACUAUGUGAUUUUAGUGAAUGUCACUUUUUGUCAUUUUCAAAUUUCCCGCCGUUCCGUCCCCCAUACGUCCCGACACUCACAGGGGACGGAACCCAUAAGACAUCUGCCAGAUUACAUUGCCGGGGACACUGCAGGAGGGACAUCGUGGGAGCGCAGGACAAGGUAAGUGAUCGAGGAAUCCCGAAGCAGCGCCGCAUGGUAAGCCCGAGUGUAGCUCGGGGGGGUUACCGCUUCUGCUACACUCGGGAAUACCACCAGGGAGGUUAAG